AUGAAGUAUCUAGUUGCUGCCGCCUCUCUUGCCCUGGCUUCGGCCGUAUCUGCUGCCCCAAGCUGGGCCGACUGGGUCUCUUCCUCGUCUUCCUCUUCCUCUUCGGACACGGUCACCUGCCCGGACGUCGUCUGCCCGACCGAUAGCUGCCUCCAACAGUCCGACGCCGAGGACAUUGUCAGCAAGUUCAUCACCAUCAUCCAACACAAGGACAUCGACGUGGCCAACGCGACUGCCCAGGCCUUGCUUGCCGAUAGCUUCUUUGAGAAGAGUGACUCGAUCGACAUCCUUGCAGGAAUUCCGGUCUGUUGCACCACCCACCCAAUGAUUGAAAAUCCUGCCUGUAACUGCAUGGGAGAGAACAAUUUGACUGACAGAGAGAAAUUCUUCCAGCUCGGCACCGACAGUUUCUCCAGCAAGGCGGCCUACAUCGCUGGCGUCCUCAGCGAAGAUGGCCCGACCAACGUCACCACCAUCCAGGUCAUGCCCGCUGGCUGCAACAACGUUCUUUGGUACUGGAUGAUGUAUGUCGGACUCAACCAGCUCCCCGUGCGUGGCAUGAACCUCAUGCAAGUCAACGACGACAAGCAACUUCUGGGCCAGUUCCUCGAAUUCAGCAGCGUUGCCUGGGGUAUUGACACUGGCUACUCCUGCAGCGCUCCUGGCGGCCAGCCGCUUCCUCUCGUCUAA